UCAGUACGGAUAACUAUGUUUACUACGUUUAACUACCGGGAUGAAUAAGUUUCAACCAAGUUAGACUAAAGCCACGCUCAAAUGGCUACGGAUCGCUCAAACUUUUUGUGCAUGUUCAAAAGUUGGAGAAACUUGCAAGUUUGGAAUAAGUCUUGAAUACGUUUUGACCAAGUGCUGGUGCGGAUUGAUACGGAUUACUACUUUGCGGUAUCUCACAGGAUUUGCUGAACAUAUCGACUUAAUACAGACACAGAUUCCUUAAAGUAGAAAUGAGUAACCACCUUUUGGUAGCGGCCAUUGAUUUCGGGACAACGUUCUCAAGUUGGGGAUUCUCAUUUAAACAUGAAUACGACCUGGAACCAACUAAAGUUACUGCCAAACAGUGGACAGGAUUGCAAUCUGCCGUUUCUUUGAAAGGCCCUACAACAAUAUUGAUCAAACCGGAUGGUAAAACUAUAGACAGUUUUGGUUUUGAUGCGGAGACAAAAUAUGCCGAACUCGCAGAAGACCAAAAACAUAAAGAGUGGUACUUCUUCAAAAGAUUUAAAAUGCAGCUGUUUGACAAAAUUGGUCUCAGACGGGACUUUACUAUUGAUGAUGCUACCGGGAAGGCGCUACAAGCGAAGACAGUUUUCAGUUUAUCCAUUAGAUACCUAAAAGAUGACCUAAUGGAUAUGUCUAAAAGGCAACUUCUUGAUCAACACCUGAUGGAAACAGAUAUUCACUGGGUACUGACUGUGCCUGCUAUAUGGAAUGAUGUCGCGAAACAGUUCAUGAGGGACGCUGCCGAAAGUGCAGGAAUAUCGUCAGAAAAUGUGACAAUUGCUUUAGAGCCCGAGUCUGCUUCUUUAUAUUGUCAACAUUUACCUGCAACACGAACUCAAAAUUCACUUGGAAAAUUACCAUCUGGCAGCAAAUAUCUCAUUCUAGAUGCAGGAGGUGGAACAGUAGAUAUCACAGUACAUGAAAUCAUGCCUAAUGGAAUCCUGAGAGAAAUUCACAAAGCCACUGGUGGUGACUGGGGUGGAACAAAAGUCGAUCAAGCAUUUGAAAAUUUUCUCUGUGAAAUAACAGGUGAAGGGGUGUUGGAAAAGUUCAGAGACAAUGCGAUGGAAGAUUAUCUGGAUCUCUUGAGAAAUUUUGAAGUAAAGAAAAGAGAGGCUAAGUUGAAUAGUGACAGACAAACAUCUAUCAAAAUACCUGUAGCUCUGAUCGAUCAAGCUACGGAGGUCACGGGAAAAAAUGUCAUAGUCAAAAUAUCGCAGUCGAGAUAUCGGGACAGAGUACAGCUUGCCGGAGACAAACUAAGACUUGACCCAGUUGUAAUGAUUGGAUUCUUUGAAGAAUCAGUGAAAAGCAUUACUGCUCAUAUGGAAUCUCUUUUUGUUCAGUCGCAAUUACAAGAUUGCGAAGCAAUAUUGAUGGUAGGCGGGUUUUCCGAAUCGUCGGUACUUCAGGAAAAAAUUAAAACCCAUUUUCCAGACAGAAAAAUAGUCGUUCCAACUGAUGCGGGACUUGCUGUAUUGAAAGGAGCGGUACUGUUUGGUCAUAACCCAGCACUCAUUGCGGAAAGAAUUUGCAAGUAUACCUAUGGAAGUGACUCUUCUCAUAGGAAAAGAGAUACCUGUACGCAUCGCAAAACAAAUACAUUUAUCGCAGAAGGAAAAACAUAUUGCGAUGAUAUUUUUCAAGUUCAUGUUCGUGCUGGAGAUGUGGUUAAAGUUGGUGAACGGCAAGAAGAACAGAUAUUUUAUCCAAUCUACCGAGAACAGACGGCUAUGUCAUUUGGUAUAUACUGCACAAAAGAACGCUGUCCGGAACUAAUAACAGAUGAAGGUUGUGUGAAACUAGGUGAAGUAGAGAUACCGAUACCAGAAACAACAAAUGGUUGCAAACGUGAUGUUGGUAUCAGUUUCCUUUUUGGUGGGACAGAACUGGAGGUAAAAAUUCAAGAUAAAACGAAAGGAGCGGAGAGAAAAGCAUCACUGUCAUUUUUAGGAUAAAUUAUACAAUACGACUAGUUCUUUAACUUAACUGAUCAUAUUAAUUAUUCAAUGACUGAAAUUGUAAAAACAUACUUGAUUAUGUUUGUUCAUCUUUUAUAGUCUCUGACCGAAUGUUGUCGACUAAAUUUGAUAAGCUCUAGUAUUUUGUCUUUGGUGAUAUAAUCUCUAAACAAUUAAGAAGUAAAAACUGUGCAGGAAACACUACAAAUUCUGUCGUGAGGUUGUUGGGGGCAAUGCCCCCAGAUUUAACAAACCGUCUUUCAAUUUUCUUGUCGAGCUUAUGACCAACCUGACAACACAAAGAGAACAAGUUCCAAAGUAUUUACCAAACAUAACUUUAAUAUUGCAUUUUGCAAUUAUAUUUUUGAUCCAGAUAUGAUUAAAUAAUAAAGACGCUUGAUUUGAUCACGUGAUCGAUUAUGAAACCGACACUUGUUUUGAUCAUGUGACCUAUUCUGAAAUUCAAUAACUAGUUUCAGUACGCUCAAAAAAUGUGUUCUUGAUUCUGCGUGAAAAUAGCAACUACUAAGGACUUGCAACGCCACUGAUAAGCCGAUAGAUUAUUGAUUGCCUCGACACCGUUGUGGAUGUGUAUUAUGGAGAAACUUUAUCAGUUUGUGGCGAUCAGUACCGUUUAUCAGUAGGCGAAUCUAUAAAUAUGCGGCAACAUCCUAUAGAUCCCGAUUCGCAUUAUGUUAAAAUAUCUUUUUAUCUUUUCCGUGCAGGUGUUAUUUCUAAAAUAUUAAUUCAGAAAAUACAGUGCUGAAAUGAAAUACUUUUCGCAUGUAUAAGAAAAUAUUUUCAAGAGAUAUGUUAUUCAUAAAAAUUAAUACUAUAUAAAAAAAUAAUAAAAACAAAAAUAAAAUAAAAAACAGUGUUUUACUUGAAAUAGAAUAGGUAGAAAAAAUUCAUUACUUAUUCGUCAGUUUGAAUUUAUGACUUAUUUGGUUCGGGGUGGUGGGGGUUGGGGGAUUAAUUUGACAGUUUGAUCUUUUAUAAUUAUCAUAUUAUCUAAUCUAAUAAUCAGCAGUAGGUUUUUUCUCUCAUUGUUUGAAUUCGUAAAAUCAACUAUGAACAGAUUACUUCUGUUUUACACCAACUACAUUUGUAUUAAGAACAUUUUAAAGCUUAAAGGCAUAUUUAUGUGCUUGGUCGGACCGUCCUUAUUCGUGAUUGUAUAUUAUAGGCCUAUAAUUAUAUAUUUUGAUCUCGAAAUCAGCUGUAAAUCGUUAAUCAACAUGUCUUGUCCACACAAGUUGCAUAAAAAUGAAUUGAAUUUCAAAUAGUUUCUAAAAUUUAAUACGCAAUUGCACGGUGCAUAUCCAUAUCGGCGGACUCUUUGCGAAAUAUGCUUAUCGGCGGUUUCUUGCGUCGGCACCGGCGAUUCUUUGCUAUAAACAGGUUGGCAGUUAUAAAAAGUCAGAUAAUUAAAAAGUAAACACUACAAAAUAUAGAAAAGACAUUCUAAUGUUCCGCGCUCUACAUAGUUUUGAGCAGCAUACCUAUGAUCACGGAUGGCAGCUCGAUUUUUCGCCUCCCAUACCAACCUGGACACUGUUUAAGGCAAAGAAUAGCCGGUGCCGACGCAAAGAAACCGCCGAUAUAGUAGAUUUCGCAAAGAGUCUGUCGAUAUGGAUAUGCACUGUGAAUUGGAGAGAGCAUCCUGAAUAUACAUGUCAUCUAGGGAAAGUCUGUAUCCAUGGAGAUGUUGUCAAAAGUUAUGGCAUCAGAAUCUUGCGGGCAUGCAGUAAUUUCAAUAGCAACCACAACACCACCGCAAAUCAGGGGAGAUAUUUUUUUACUUUUUCCAGAAAUCCGACCUAACUAUAGGGCCAAUAGAAACGCGCUUAUUCUGGAAAAGUACGGCAUUUCCUAAACUGAACAUGUGCCCGAUUCUUUAGUCCAAAGAUCAGAACAUUAUGUAUAUGACGUGUUUAACAUAUAAUGUUCGGGAAAUCAUUGAAAAAAGACCGAAGAAAAAAAUUCAUUCCAGAUUUUUAUAUCAAAAACGCCAUAUACGCUGAUCAAAUUGGUAUUUAUCUGCAGGAAAAAUAUCGUUUAACGUAAAGAGUGCGCUAAAUACUGUUAUAAUUGCGCGUACAUAUAGGUAUUUUAUCAUUUUUCAGACCGAGUAAUUUUAGCUAUAGUAGGUAAUUCGUCAUUCCGCAAUGAUAACUUGCCGCAGGUGCCCGUUAUAUUUUGGCCUCAUUUUCUUGGUAAUUAUCCCUGCAGAUGUACAUUUAUAUUACCAGUUUAAUAUAUUUCAUCUAUCUGAGGGUGCAAAUGGUUUUUCCACGGGCGUUUUGUAUCCUAAUUACUCGAACCUAACUGUAUACGCCAGUUCGGUAGGUUCAUUGAUAUGACGAAUCACGGUUUUCAUAGUGUUUAAUGUAUUUCUUAUAUUAUGAUAUUGAUAGUUUGAAAUACAGGUGUAUAUUAAAUAAUCUAAAAUUGAAACAGACAAUGUUAUUUAGAUCGACAAACAUAGCAAACAAUAUGAAUAAUCAUAUGUCAUGUAUGUUUUUAAGAAAACAGUUACUGAAUUUUAGCAAUAGUUGGAAUGGAAAAAGGUAGACCUAUAAAAAUAUAGAUGUGUUUGUGUCUUUACGUAUGACGACUUCUUAUUAAAAUGAUGCUUAUUUGUAACAAAAAACAUUCCUGACUUUUUAAUUGAUAAGUAUUGUACACAUUAGAAUACGUAGUCUAGUUUUUUUUCAAUGUCGGUUCAAGGAAAUCCUGUUCCUUUAAACUUUCACAGUGGAAUAUUUUGACUUUCUUUCCAAACUUUCAUAAAGUGUUACAAAAUUUGCCUGUUUUUGUUAGACUGUCAAGAACACAUGAUGUCCGGACAUAGAGAGCAAACAGAAGUAUUGAAGAAAUUGAAAUACAUUG